AUGAUCACCCAAUCGACGCGGCGGCCCCUGAGCAGCUGGAAAGCCGUGCUCAGGCGUACCCGCCAGCAGCAACAGCACCGCACCCCGGCGGUAUUCCGAUCAAUGGCGACGGAAAUCACACCCACCACGCCAGAAGCAGCCGCACCACCAGCUCCAGCUCCAGCUUCCGCAACACCCUCCCCGGCCACGAUCCCCGUGCGGAAGAUAACAUUCCACGCCAUCCGAUCCCCCACAACGCCCAACAAACCAAUCCGCACCGCCUUCGCAAUCUACCCACGCGUGCCCUCCGCACGAAAAACCAACCCCGCAGCACUCGAAGCCUUCCACGCGCAACAAAUCCGCCGUCUCGACCGGACCGGGGCGCGGGCCUCUCUCUUCAACAAGAAGAACCCGGACUGCGCGAAGCCGGGGGACGUGCUGCAAGUGACGACGCGGAAGGGGGGCGGGGAGCCGUUCGCGGGGGUAUGUCUAUCGAUCCGACGAGCGGGGGUGGACACCGCGAUUUUGUUGCGGAACCAUAUCUCGCGCGUGCCGGUGGAGAUGUGGUACAAGAUAUUCUCGCCGAACGUGCAGGGGAUCGAGAUCGUGUGGCGACGGCCGAAGCGCGCGAGGAGGGCCAGGUUGACGUAUAUGCGUAAGCCGAAGUAUGAUAUGAAGAAUGUGGAUCACUUGGUUGAGAAUUGGAGGCGCACGAGGAAUGUGUUUUCGAAGGCGGGUGGGAAGGGCAAGGGCAAGGGGGUGAAGCGGUAA